AUUUUGUCUACGGGAAGUCAUCCAGUUGAUCAGCGAAGGGCUUCCUUAGAUAUAACCUGACAUCAAGAAGUAAGCCUUGUCAGCCUGACCUAAGUGGAUGCCGACGGUCCCGAAGACCUUCGGUCAUCAUAUUUGCUGAGAACGUCGAAGAUUUUUCAGAGUGAGCUUGAAAGAUAAACGCGUCAGGUAUAGCAGUUCAGGGUAUCUUUUGGUUCUAGAAGGAAAAGGAAAGGGGACGGAAACAACGUGUUUGCAAAAGGAGGAGCGCCAUCCUUCCCGGGGUCGGGAGGCGCGCCACGCGGCCGGGCUAGUCUGCCACGCUCCAUUCCUAGCACGCACGCUCUCAUCAUCGUCCACCACGACGAGCUCAGGCCGCCGCUCACCACCCUCACCGACACCGACGACCCAGGCGACGACGACGACCCCCACACGCGCCCCGAUGUCCUCCUCGAAACCACGCCACGGACCCUCGGCGUCGUCGCCCUCGUCGAAACUGCCCAAGUUCCUGCAAUCAAAGCAGACCCGAGACCGGUCGAAAUCCCUGAACGAUCCCGCCCUGCUCGCGUCCUCGUCAUCCACGCCAUCCAACCCGACGAUGGGCCCCGAAGGCUCGUCGUCGUCUUCGUCGCCCUCGAAAGGCUCGCAUCGGCUGGUACGGAAGAGCAGCCAGAGGCUGGCCGGCGUAAAGGAGCAGCAAGCGCACCCGCAGAGCCAGCCCGUUCCGGUGCCCGUGCCCGCGCUGCCGCCGUCGACGGCUGACGACGGCGAGCUCGAGAACGCCGACUUCUCCAUGGGCGACAACGACGACGGCAUGGACGAGCCUCCGGUCAUCAUCGAGCCCAUUGCUGCUGCUCGACCACGCACACGGUCGGAGAGGCCCCUGAGCGCGUCGUCGGAUAACCAUCUGAACUACUACUCGUCGUCGCACUCGUCCUCGCGCAUCACAGAUUUGCCGACGAGACUGUCGGGCUGGUUCCAGCACACGUUCAAUACUUCAUCCACAGAUCUUUCGCUCCCGAAUUUAUUAACGCAUCCAGUCCAGAACUCGCCGAAGGGCAAGACGUCGGCGCUGCUCACCGCCGCGAAGCACGGCAAGGGCCACCUCGACAAGGCCAUGCGCUAUCUCCUCGACUCGGACGCUACGCCUGACGGCUGCACCGAUGUUAUUUGGCUCCUUGGCGUACAACAUCCCGGCUACGAGCCACCGCCGCCGCUGCCGAACACCCCGCCCUCGUCUUCUGGUCGUCGCAGCAACGAUUCACGCCGCUCGCCGUCCUUCCGCUCAUCCACCUCAUCGUCUACCUCACCCGAUUCCACCACAUCGCAUUCUCUCCCACCUUCAUCCUAUUCUGCCAGACUCUACCAAUCACAAUCUCAGUCUCCAUCCUCCCAAUCGACACUACAACAGCAACAGAUCUCAGCACAAGCGGCACCCAAUAACUGGCCCCCCGUCUUCUACUCCGACUUCACCUCCCGCGUCUGGCUCACCUACCGCUCGCACUUCCAGCCCAUCCGCGACUCGACCCUCACCGCGCUCGAGUCCGAGCAGGCGAACAUGGCGCACGCGGGACCCGUGAUCAUGGCCAGCAGUCCGCCGACGAAGAAGUGGGGAUGGCCCGGCUCGGGCGAGAAAGGGUGGACGAGCGAUGCGGGGUGGGGGUGUAUGUUACGCACGGGACAGUCGUUACUUGCGAAUGCGCUGGUUCAUCUGCAUCUGGGACGGGAUUGGAGAAGACCGCCGCAUCCGGUUUAUACGGCCGAUUAUGCGACAUACGUCCAGAUGUUGACUUGGUUCUUCGACUCGCCGACGCCGCACUGUCCGUUCUCUGUUCAUCGGAUGGCGUUGGCGGGGAAAGAGUUGGGUAAAGAUGUCGGACAGUGGUUCGGGCCUAGUACCGCCGCCGGUGCCAUCAAGACCCUUGUGCACGCCUUCCCCGAAGCCGGUCUCGGCGUCUCCAUCGCAUCCGACUCCCAGAUCUUCCAGUCUGACGUUUUUGCGGCUUCGCAUCCCCCGAUGGAUUCACCGAGCAGUAAGAAGAAGCUGGCGUCGACGUGGGGGGGCAGGGCGGUGCUUGUGUUGAUUGGGAUAAGGCUGGGGUUGGAUGGGGUGAAUCCGAUUUAUUAUGAGACUAUCAAGGCUCUCUACACCUUCCCCCAAUCCGUCGGCAUCGCCGGCGGCCGCCCCUCUUCUUCUUACUAUUUCGUAGGCUCCCAAGCCGACAACCUCUUCUACCUCGACCCGCACCACGCCCGACCAGCGGUCCCUCUUCGACCACCACCAUCUACGAACGAUAUCGUAUUGGAUAUUUCGAGAGAAUCUAUAGAGAGGGAUAGGGAGAGGCAGCAAGAGGAGGAAGGAGGACAGGGACCGAGAACGCCGGAGAAGGAUAAGGAGAGGGAGAAGAAGAGGUUGAGGAGCGGGAGUAAGAGUGCACCGGGGAGUCCGGCUGGGCCUGUCCUCUUCUCAGGCGGCGGAGGAGCAGGAAGUAGCGCAGGAGGAGGACAAGGACAUUACAGGAGCCCGACGAGCCCCACGUCGAGCCGGAGCGGCCGGAGCCCGAUACAUUCGCCGAGUCCGUUGGCGCACCAGUUGAGCUCGGGGAGCUCGGGGAGUUAUCAUUCGACGAAUAGCGGGGGUGGGAUGGGUGGGUCGUCACAAGGGCAUGGACAUGGAGGAGGAUAUGGGCAUGGCCGGUGGGCGACUACGCUCGCUCCGUCGCCUACGACGCCUACCGCUCCUUAUCACACCACACACUCAAACCCCAAUUCGAACUCCAAUAACAGCAACAAUAGCAACAGCAGUGCCAGUGGCGGUGGUGGCCGCCGCGCCUCCUCCGACCUGUCCUCCCUCUCCAUGUCGAUGUCCGAGCUGCUCGCCCGUGGCAAUACCGGCCCCGAGCCCCUGGACGCGAUUCAGGAGCAUUAUGUGAGCGCGUACUCCGCUGCGGAGCUCAAGACGUUCCAUUGUGAGAGGGUGAGGAAGAUGCCGCUGAGUGGGCUGGAUCCCAGUAUGCUUGUGGGGUUUUUGUGUAGAGAUGAGGGGGAUUGGGAGGAUUUCAAGGCGAGGGUAGCGGAUUUAUCAAAGACACACAAGACGAUCUUCUCCAUCCACGACGAACCGCCCUCGUACCCGUCCGACUCGGAAGACCACCUCGGGCUCGAAUCGAUGUCGGAGCCAGACAUGGACAUGGACAUGGAUAUGGAUAUGGACCUCGACGUGCCGGAUGCGGACGAUUCGCAGGGAUCGGGCUCGACGUCGCCGACGACGGAGAAUUCGGUGGGGGCAGGGUAUUAUGAGCCUGAUGGUGAGGGCGAGGGUGCGGGUGCGGGAGAGGGAGGUGAGGAGGCGGGGCGGAAGGAGGGCAAGAAGGGAGGCAAGAAGACGAAGAGGAAGGGAGAGGGAAGUGAGGUGGAUACGGAGGAAGACCCGAUUGGACCGAUUACGCCUGGUCCGGGGUCGGCUGGUGGCACGUUCGUAGGUGGGGGCAAAGGAGAAGUUCGACACGACGACGAUGGAGAAGAUGAGGAUGGUGAGGACGACGAGGACGACGAAGAGUGGGUGGACCCGUCGGUUUCGUUACCGACACCACAGCCAAGAUCGCCCUCGGAGGGCGCUGACGGUGGCGGUGGGGGCGAUGGAGGGAAUGGCGGAGCUAUCCCAUCGAGUGCGAAUGGGGCGGAUGAGAAUGGGAGGGUGGUUCCGAACCCGAUGAUGGGCUCGAUAUACGGGAUUGGACAACCACACGGACACGGACACGGACAUAUGACGAGUCCAUCCGAGGUCUCGACGGCGUCGACAGCCUCAGCGUCGAGCGAGGCUUCCGGUUCCGUGGCACGAGAGUCGACGGGGGGAGGGGGAGGUGUGGUUAGCCCGAAGAAGAAGAAGAAGUCGAGGAAGAAUACGAUACCACUUCCGUUGAUCACGACGCCGACGCCGGGCGCGAAUCAGUUGGCGAAUUAUCCGUUCCCGGGGAGUAGCGCGAGCGAGAGCGAUCUCGAGGCGGAGCCUGGGGGUGGUAGUGGCGGAGGAGGAGGUAGGGCGGGGAAGGAGGCGAGGAAAGGGCAUGGGGAGAAGAGGGAGAGGGUGGCGCAUGCGGGUGGUGGGGGGACGGGGAUGAUGAGCACGGCGAGGGCGAGGGACGGUGGGAGGACGCAGAGUGGUGGGGUGAAGGGCGUGUUGUUGACGGGGCUGGAUACGACGAGUACGGGUGUGAGGAGUAGAGAGCGGGAUCGGGAUAGGGAUAGGGAGAGAGAGCGGGCGUUGGAGCCAGAGAUGAACGAUGAGGGGGACGACUUUUAAGUGCGAUGGUAGGCUCUAUGAGUUCUCCAGUUCCGGUGUGACCCUUUUUCUUUUGACUUUUUUUUCGUGGUUGGGGUGCUUCUGUAUGUAUGCUCUCUCUCUCUCUCUCCUGUUCUCUAUCUCAUCUCAUCUCAUCUCAUCUCGGUCUUUCUCUUUCUUUAUGUCUUCGAGACUUACCCACCCACCUGCCGCUUUACCUCUACAGGCCCUCCCUCCUCUUUAGCCUCCCGCUCGUCAUGAUAUACCGCGCAAGCCGUUUUUCUAUCGUCCUAUUGAAUUAUUCCGACUUCUCGUCUCGUUCGCGUCAUCGAUCCACUUAUCCUACGUGUAAGCUGCUAGGCCACUUCCUCUUUCUUUUCAUUUUCUUACUCCUCUUCGUGCCGUUUGUCGUGCCGUGCCGAUCCCAUUACUAACGCGUCUUCCUUUUCUCCCUUUGAUUCCUGAAUUAUGCGCGGUAGUAUUGAUUGAUUGAUUGAAUUGUAACCUCAUCCAAACACAUAUCCAUGUAUAUUGCUCGAUCUCUCCACGACGAAGACUACUACGCAGGUAGUAGCUAGCUAGAUUCAGUUCAUAACCUCUUUUUCGAAUCAUCGGGUUUUCUUUUCUUUUUCUUCGCUUACUUAUCGCCUUUUCGUUCGUUAGGAA